AUGGCCAAAAUGAAGGCGCGUAGAAAUCGGAGAAAAGUGAAUGACAACAACAAAAAACCAUAUAUUAAUGAUAACAAAUCUUUUAAAAGUGAUAACAUCAAGGAAAGAACUUCAUCAUUUAACAUUACGUUUACUUCUUCACCUAUUGAUGUAAUAGCUUUGCCAAAUAAAGAAUUUUUUAUUUACUGUUCAGUUUUCACUAUUGAUGUCAAGGGAAAUCCUUUUUCUGUUUACUGGAUGAAAAAUGGCAAUAAUUAUAGUGUUGAAAUUGUACAUUCCAAAAGACAUCACGUACUACAGGACGGUACCUUAAAAUUUGAUGACUUUGAAAAAGCUGAUGAGGGUGAAUAUUUCUGUGUAGUUAGCUUUUCCAAGGGAGACAUCAUGAGCCCACCUGCUAAAGUAAAAAUUGCAGAUUUGAGCUUGAAAAAUAAUUACAAAGAGAUAAGCAUUUCACUCAAAAGAAAUAUAUUAUUAGAAUGUGAAAUACACGCUGUCCCAGAUCCUCAAACUAUUUGGCUGAAAGACGGAAAAAGACUUAUUGAUCUUAAUGAAUCAAGAACCCAAGGCCUGUUUUCACUGGGCCUGUCUGUGAGUCGGUCGGCUUUCGCACAACCUUGGCCUGUUUUCACUGGGCCGUCAAGUCUGAUCGGCUUUCGCACGACCAAGGGCCUGUUUUCACUGGGCCUGUCAGUCAGUCGGUCGGCUUUCGCACAACCCUGGCCUGUUUUCACUGGGCCGUCGAGUCUGAUCGGCUUUCGCACGACCAACACAAAACAACAAGAAAUUUUUCAACCGAGCUGGAAGAGUUUGCACAUAUUACAAGUGGUUGAUGAUGAUGCUGGUUUGUAUACUUGUGAAGCAUCAAAUGUGCUGGGUCAGUUGAGUACCACUACAAUAGUUCGCGUGGGCGACGGUGCAAGCAAAAAACAAGUGAUACGAAAUGAUUUGACAGAUGCUCCAACUCUGCUGAGUGGCAGGAGUGUGGUCGAUGCGUUAAUAAAUACUGAUGUGAACCUUCAGUGCCUUUGGUCAUUUUCACAUUCACUCUGGUUUAAAGAAGGACAACCGAUCAACUCAGGAAGUGCAAGUAGUUUGGUCAUUAAGAAUGUGUCACUGGAUUCCGCGGGAACUUACACGUGCAUCAAUGCAUACAACCAAUCCAUCAGUUGGGCUGUUUCUCUCCAAGUUUAUGGUCUGUUCCUACUUAUUCUUUUCGAUGAAAAAAGUUUCUCAAAAUAA